GGCGGCCCCGACGUCCUGCGGGGCGUGUCGUUCCGCGUCGCCGCGGGCGAGUGCUUCGGGCUCCUGGGCUGCAACGGCGCGGGCAAGUCGACGAUCAUCUCGUCCGCGCUCGGCUUCCUCGCGCCGCGGGCGGGCGCCGUCGCCCUCGACGGUCGCAGCGUCGGGGUCGUCCCGCAGGCCGACGCGCUCUUCGACGAUCUCGAUUGCCGGGCGCACGUCGACGCGCUGGCGGCGCUCCGGGGCUUCGCCGGCGGCCGGAGCGCGCUCGUCGACGGCGUCCUCGACGCGCUCGCGCUGCCGGAACACGGCAGGGCGUCGACGCUGAGCGGCGGCACGCGGCGGCGGCUGAGCGUCGCGCUCGCUCUCGUCGGCGACCCGCGCGUGGUCCUGCUGGACGAGCCGUCGAACGGCCUCGACCCGCGCGCGCGCCGCGACCUCUGGAACGUCGUCCGCGCGACGCGCGCGCGGCGCGCGGUCGUGCUCACGACGCACGACAUGGGCGAGGUCGAGGCGCUCUGCGACCGCGCGGCCGUCCUCGUCGCCGGCGCCUUCGAGGCCCUCGGGACCGUCGCGGGCCUCAAGGACGCGCUCGGCGACACCUACGACGUCACGGCGACGUCGACGGGCGCGGCGGACGAC